AUGGUCACUAGAGAAUUAACGAACAAAUCUUUGAUUAUUUUUAUCCCAUUGUUUCAGAAAUUUUGUUCAAAUCACUACUUUUAUUUUUACCAGGGUUUUGAGAUACUCCUCUCAGUGCUUCUAAUUGCAUCAUACCAUUUACAAUACGGAAAUGGUCGGAUGAUUCUAACCAUGAAAGAUUUUAUAUCUGAUUCUAACUCUACAAAUGUUGAUCAUUCUCAGGCAUUUCAAAACGCAUGGAGAGCCUUAUGUGGAGGCAAAGGGAAAGGUAGAGCAGCCUCAUUUGUAAUACAUGCCCAUGAAACAUAUACCAUACAACCACAAUUGUUGCAAGGUCCUUGCAUAUCUCGUAAUAUUCAUAUUCAGAUUGAUGGAACAAUUGAAGCCCCGAAGAUGGCAAAAGACUGGGGAAGCAAAAUAAGUGAGUGUUGGUUAUGUUUUGAGAAGGUGACAGGUCUCGUUCUCACUGGAUCCGGUGUCCUCAAUUCCCAUGGAGAAAACUGGUGGUCUUCUGUUGGUUUCCCCUCUCGACCAGAGGCAGUAAGAUUUUUUGGAUGCCAAAACCUUUUAUAUAAAGGAUUAACUCAGAUCAAUAGUCCAAGGAAUCACAUAUCGAUUUUUGGCUGCACCAACGCAACUUUAUCAAAUCUUCAUCUAAUUGCCCCUGCAAAUAGUCCAAAUACUGAUGGCAUUGAUAUCUCUCAUUCACAGAAUAUCCAUGUUUUGAGCUCGACAAUCAACACCGGUGAUGACUGUGUUGCAAUUAAAGGUGCUUCAUACGAUAUUAACAUAACUUAUGUGACAUGUGGUCCGGGUCAUGGCAUAAGUAUCGGAAGUUUGGGGCAAGGAGGGGCAUCUGAGGUAGUACAAAAUGUGAAUGUCAGACAUUGCACCUUCAGUGGAACACAAAAUGGUGCAAGAAUCAAGACUUGGCCUGGAGGACGAGGGUUUGUCAAAAAUAUUUUGUACGAAAAUAUUACUCUGAUAAAUGCCAACUUCCCCAUCAUCAUCGAUCAACAAUAUCAUCAAUCAGCAGGGGCUACUGCUGUGAAAGUGAGCGACGUGACGUUUAAAUCUUUCAAAGGGACAUCUGCCGAUGCUACUGCAAUAAAAUUAGAUUGUGACCCGACAACAGGUUGUGAUAACAUCGUGAUGGACCACAUCAAUAUCGUUUCUUCAUCUCCGAGAACGCCACUCACCUCGUACUGCAAAUUUGCGCAUGUAAUUAGUCGCGUUGUCUCCAUUCGCAUCGACUGUGAUUUUCGUAAUGAAGAUUCUCAACCUGCGUCAUCGCAUCCUCAACCUUCCGCACCAUCUGCUGUAUCCCCGAAACCGCAUACUCAACCUCCACUGUCCUUUCCUUUCUAUACAAAUUUUAAUAUCUUCUUAUGAAGGAGAAUCGAACUCAGGUUUGGGAGUUUCACUCUUUCCCAAAGCUUCCUCUGCCACUAG